ACGGAAUCUAGAAAAAGACGCUUAUAUGCAGACAAAUUCAGUUACUACUACUAAAUUUCACAAAUUGCAAAGUGUUUCACUCUUCGAUUUAUAAAAUGAACGUGAUACAGACCGCUCCGCCGAGAGGACAACGCGCUUUUAUGAGAGGAAGAAUUCCGGCGAUACCAAAUGCGCAGCGCGCCGUAAACAUUUUUCCAAAAUAUCAAUUUGACUCUGGUUUUCUGAGACCUCCUCCGACGAGCUCUGGACCUGUAAGUUCCAAUGCGACCAGAAAAACGCCAAAAUUCAAUCGCAGAGAGAAUUACGUCUCCACAUCGUCCUACCCGAGCACUAUUCGUCGUAGUAUAGGAUCCGUCAAUCCUGUGAGAUCGACGCCGUAUGGCACAUCCAGCAACGCGGAUUCUUGGAUAGUGAUCGCGAUAACAGCCGGCCGAGGAGAUGCUAGGAACGAGGUCGGCUUGGCUGCGAUAGAUCUUCAAUAUCCAAACUUGAUUCUCUGUCAAAUCAGCGACUGUCAGACAUAUGUCAAUACACUGACGAAAAUCAACAUUCUCGAUCCGAUAGAAAUACUGAUGCCCGAAACGAUGUACGAGAACCGAGGCCACGGGAACAAACUGUACAAAUCGAUCAAAGAGAAAUUCAAUGCACUCAAUAUCACACCGAUCUCGCGAAUACACUUUAACGAAUCGACUGGCAUGGAACGCGUGCGAACUCUAUGCGCCAAGGACUACUCGAGCGUGGAAUUAAUAGUGAAACAAAAGUAUACGUCUUUAGCGGCUGCUGCAGCAUUAACUAAAUACGUGGAAUAUGUUCAGCACAUAGUUUACGCUCCGAAAUCGAUGCGUAUAGAGUUUCAAGGAUCGCCGAAUACCACGAUGAUCGAUCUAGAAAGUGCCCGAAGUCUCGAACUGGUGGUCUCGCAGUCCAAGCAUUCCAUCGUCAGCCUGCUGGGCACUAUGGAUCGCUGCUUGACCCCUAUGGGCCGAAGACUCCUGCGUGCUUCCAUUCUCCAGCCUUCCUGCGACGAGCGUCUCAUCGUGAAUCGGCAAUCUUGCGUGGCGGAACUGGUGGACAAUCGCUCCUUGUGCAUCAGUCUUCAGCCGGUGAUACAACGCCUGUUCGGCACGGAUCGCUUACUGACGUUGGCGAUUAAACCUGUACACGUCAACAACAUACAAAGUGCGGAGCGCAAUUUAAACUACGCGCUGCUCUUGAAGAAUUGUCUGGACAUCAUACCCGAACUGGAAGCGAUCCUCGCGACCGGUGUUCAUCCCUUCUUCAUAAAAACUCGACAGAAUUUGAGCGAUUCUGAAUUUCGCGUCAUGAAAGAUAAAAUUUUGACACUGAUACACGCGGAUGCGAGAUUCGUAAAGGGAUGCACUUCCUUAAGCAUGCAGAGGUGUUUCGCUAUAAAGGCCGAUAUCAAUGAAUUAUUGGACGUUGCUCGGCAAAUUUAUUGCGAAUUGAUCAGCGACAUGAAAGACACGGUGGAGCAGUUAGCCGUCCAGCACAAGCUUCCGUUAUCCUUGGAAUAUAAUGCGAACUUGGGCUACCACAUAAAUGUUAUCGUGCCGCGAGGCCAGGACGUGAAAAUCUCAGAUUUGCCGGCGGAAUUUAUUCAGGCGCGAAAAAGCAGAAGGUCCCUAACGAUGACGACAAUGGCACUGCUGACGUUGAACAAGCAGUGCAAGAAGGCGUGCGAAGAGAUUUACGUGAUGAGUAACACAUUGCUGACUAAUUUGCUGGAGGAUUUAAGACAACACGUCGGCUGCUUAUUCCAACUGAGUGCCGAUGUGGCGGAACUGGACUUGGUGUUGUCGUUGGCGCAAAUCAGUUGUAAUCCGGAAUACGUGAGACCAGCGUUCGGAUCGAAAUUGGAGCUCGUAAACUCGUUGCAUCCCAUUAUGGAAUUGUUCAACAGAGAUCUUCCCGUGUCUAAUGACGUAAAAGCUUCGACCGCAUAUAAUUUUCAUCUCAUCACCGGGCCAAACAUGAGCGGCAAAUCCACGUACUUGAAGCAGAUCGUUCUACUUCAAAUCAUGGCGCAGAUCGGUUCCUAUGUGCCAGCCGCCAACGCAACGUUUCGCAUUGCAGAUCGUAUACUUUGUAGAAUAAGUUCUCGCGACGACGUCGAACUCAAUGCGUCCGCCUACGUCCUCGAGAUGAAAGAAGCGCAGUACAUUCUGCAAUCUGUCACCACCAGGUCUCUCGUGGUUCUGGACGAGCUCUGCAGACACACAACGGUCGAAGAAGGUUCGGCUAUCGCUUGGUCAAUAUGCGAGAGAUUAUCGUUGACGACCGCGUUCACAUUUGCCGCGACGCACUUUUUGCAUCUGACCGCGCUGAGCAAUAUAUAUUACAAUGUGACGACACAUUGCUUCGAGACGAAAACCACGGAAGCGGAAGAAUCGAGCGAGCUGCAUCUGAUUUACACUCACAAACUGAACUGCGGAACAGGAAUCACCGAUCACUAUGGCAUCGCUUUAGCGGAAGUGUCCUCUCUACCGAGAUGCGUCACGACUAAAGCGCGAGAAUACGCAUCCAAGCAGUCGAUCGGCACGCAGAUACGAGCUGCGAAUAGCAAUCCUGAAUCCGGCGCGAAUUCUGUAUCGUGGGGGAAAUCAUGCUACGACGUGAUCGUUCAAUUACGCGCCCUGUUGAAGGAUAAUCGCUUCACCUUCGCAAAUAUAAUAAACGUGAUGAAGCAAUUGGAUCUGGAAAAACAACGCAGGCAACGAUCUUCGACGAUUACGCAAGUUUCUGCAAAAUCUGCAGGUGUCGCGCAGAAAUGUAAGGAAAAACACAGGGAAGACACGAGGAGUUUUGUUGAUGCAGCGAAAAAUGACUCAGCGAUGGAAACGAGCGACAACACGUUGUUAUUUAAAUUGCCUGAACGGAACGAGGAUCACCGAGAGCGUGCAACGGAGAACGAAGCAAUGGAAAUUGCCGAAACCGACAAUCAGAAACUUUGUCGAACAAAUUUAUUGGUGCACGAGGCCAUCGUGAAUCGCACGACAAUUUCGUCUGAUAUGAACACAGCCGACGGAAGUGCAGCGAUCAUUAAUUCACGUCAGUUUCCAACGACCGAUAUUAGCCCGCUGCGACUACUCAAUUCGAACGCGACGGAGAGACAGUCGUUUACCGAACGAUCGAUUUGUCACGGAAGUGUCGUUAACGAUCCGCGAUUUUACGUCUGCGCAUCCUAUGCGAGCAGCCAGAAAACAAUAAUAUUGCAAAAUACACAAUGUAAAGCAAAUUUAGAAUCUAAUAUCGCUGCGAACUCGACAGCGGCUUCUCCCUCGAUAUCCUCUCAGUUCUCCCAAUAUCAUGAUUAUUGUUUGUCCGAGGGAGAAUUCGACAUUACUCUGCCGUCUCAAUCGACUCCGAGCGAUAUAACAAGAAUCACUGCGCGAUCGAAAAAAGUGGAAAUUUUCCGGCAGAUCGAGGGCGACGCCUUCGACGAGGAAGAUUUCUUCACUGACACAGAAAUGCCAUUAGGAAUAGAUCUCACGGACGAUGAAAUAGCCAUGUCAUAAGUUGAUUAAUCGAAUUUAAUUCGCAGUAUGUAUAAAGUAUUCUAUAUGUUUAAAAAUUCAUUCUUGUUUCGCAUUGAUAACUCUUGUAAUAAUCGGAAGUAAAAUUCUUAAAUGACAUUUUCAUUUCGUUCACUUGCUUUUCGCGCUUGAACUAAACAUAAAAAUUCAAGCCGAUCGCCGCCAAGUUCACUUCGGCAAAUUGCAAACAUAUGAGUACGAUACGAAGAUCUCUUCUCUCCGUAAGAAAUUGACAAGAUAUUGUAACUCCAUUUUCGGACAAAUAUAUAGAAAAUUGUAAGAUUAGGUAACUUCACAAUGUGAAGGAGAUGACAAGGCGAUAAUGAUCUUCAAAAAACCGACUGUUUUGUAAAA